AAGAAACAAAAAGAAAGAAGACUACAGGUUUUAUAUGCUUUUGUUAAUAACGAAUUGAAAACGAAAUCCUAACUAUCGACAACAACUCAUUGAUCAGACGAAAAUACACCAUAGAAAACACAUCUUAAGACUUGUAUUCUCCACCAGACCCAGAAAUUCAAGGGAAAACAUUCAGAGCAAUUUCUCAAGCAAAGAAGAAGAUGAAGCAAAAGAUCCUGAUAAGAGUGACUAUGACUGAUGAUAAAACUCGAGCAAAAGCAAUGACAAAAGCAGUUCAGUUUAAAGGCGUGACAGCAGUGGAAAUAAAAGGCGAUCACAGGAACCAGAUAGAGGUAACCGGCGAUGAAGUUGAUAUGAUCGCCCUCACCAGACAACUCAGGAAGAAAGUAGCAUUUGCAGAGCUUGUAAGCGUAAGAAAAGUCGAACCUCCAAAGAAACCAGACGAGAAGAAGAAACCAGAUGAGAAGAAGGAAGGGGACAAAAAGGAUGCAGGGAAAAAAGACGGUGAGAAGAAAGAAGGUGAGAAGAAAGAAGGUGACAAGAAAGAUAGUGAUAAGAAAGAAGGUGACAAAAAGGAUGGUGAUAAGAAAGAUGGAGACAAGAAGCCAGAUGAUAAGAAACCUCCGGAGAAAAAAGACAUGCCGAGUUAUCCAUGGCCUCAGGGAUACGGUGUGCCUUCCUCUUUUCCUUAUCCGAGCCAUCCCCACAGUUAUAUAGGGGAACCUGUUUACAAUCACGAACCCAAUUGCACAAUCAUGUGAAAUGUGUUUGCAGAGGAAGAUUGAUGAAGAAGAGAGCACAGUUUGUGACCAUUGAUGGCCAAUGUAAAGACUAAAGAAUCAAUAAGUUGAGUAUUUUGUCACAUGAAUAAAACUCCGAGGCCAA